AUGCUUAGGAGAGCAUCUUCAGUGCCAUCUUGGCCACCGGCGUCAAUCCGGGAGGGUGAGACGGAGGAAGAACGGAAGGCGCGGACACGAGAGGAGGCAGAGGCGAAGCGCGUCAGCGACGCUAUAGAUCGACAAAUUGAAACAGAUCGUCAGCAGAAGAAGUUGUCUGGGGCCAAAAUCCUCCUCCUAGGCCAAGCAGAGUCAGGCAAGUCGACUGUGCUGAAGAAUUUCCAACUGCACUUCGCCCCGAAAGCCUUCGAGAUUGAGGCAGAAGUUUGGCGCCCAGUCAUCCACCUAAAUCUUGUUCGGUCGGUAAACUUCGUUGUAAACUAUAUCUCGACACGGAACCAAGGGAUCCGCGACGCGCUGUUGGGCCACGAACGGCGAGCUUCCAACUCCGGCCCACUCACCGCCGACCUGCGCAAACUCUGCAUUCGACUAGCCCCCUUACGCCAGGUCGAAGAGAACCUAAUCAAAAUCCUCUCGGGGCGCCUGCCCCCGCGGUCGUUGGACGACCCUAUUGGACUCGUCAAUCAGGCGUACAACCCAGCGAAGGCGCCUGAAGUUUCGAUCCCUUCGGGUUCUGGGUGGAAACAGGCUCUGUCGCUGAAGCGCCGAUCCGAGGAGUCGCAAAAAACCCGUAGCUCGGCCGAGAGGUCAGAAGAUGGGCAGAGUCGACGGAUAUUGGCGGCGCUAGGAGACGACAUCGCUGCCCUAUGGAGGGACCCGGUCGUGCAACAGACCCUCAAAGCGGCGGAGAUAGCGCUGGAUGAGCAACCAGGAUUUUUCCUAGACCAGGUGCAACGGAUUACAAGCGAAGAUUACAAGCCUCGCCCUGAGGAUGUUUUAAAAGCUCGCGUCACGACUAUUGGACCCGAAGAACAUCAGAUCAUCGCAGAGAAUGGACCAGACAAUGCUCGUCGUUGGACGAUAUACGACGUUGGUGGCAGCAAAGGUCAACGAGCGACGUGGGCCCAGUUUUUCGAUGACGUCAACAUAAUCAUAUUCCUAGCCCCUAUGUCGGGUUUCAACCAGGUGCUUGCCGAAGACGAAAGUGUAAACCGACUGACUGACUCCAUACGUCUCUGGCAAAUGAUAUGUAGCAACAAAAUCCUCUCGAACAUAGAAUUUGUGUUAUUCCUUAACAAACUCGACAUCCUGGAUUCGAAACUCAAGUCGGGCAUCCAGUUCUCAUCAUUCGUAACAUCAUACGUCAACAAACCUAACGAGACUAAACCCGUUGCGAAGUAUUUGCUCGACGUUUUCGUGUCCAUGCAUCAGCAGUAUUCACCCAAGCGGCGAAAGCUGCAUCCUCACCUAACAUGCGCGGUGGACACGAAGGCGACCGCUUCUGUAAUUCAUCGAAUACAAGACCUGAUCCUCGUCAAGCUUCUCUCCCAAACAAAUAUCCUGUAA